AUGGCGGCUUUGGCUAAGAGUUCAAUGGUUUUCUUCUUCAUGGCAAUGGCUUUGGUUGGGGUCUGUUUUGGUGCUGUUUACAAGGUCGGUGACUCUCAUGGCUGGACCGACCAAGGCCACUUUAAUUACAAGACUUGGUCAUCUAACAAGCACUUCACUGUUGGAGACACUCUCGUUUUUGAGUAUGAUGCCAAGAAGGAGAAUUUGGUACAAGUGGACCAUAAGGGUUACAAAGAAUGCAUGGCAAAAGAUCCAUUAUUUACCUUUGCCUCUGGCAACGACAAUGUAAAGAUAACCAUGCCUGGCGACUUCUUCUACAUUUCUAGUCUCCAUGAUCACUGCAAGGCCGGCCAGAAGCUUCACAUCCAAGUUCACGCAUCAAGUUCGACCCCGUCCCCGUCUCAGACUCCAUCUUUCUCGAGCCCAUCUCCGAGCCCGGUCCACUUGAGCCCGUCUCCUACCCCGGUCGCCUCAACCCCGGUAAUUUCAACCCCAAGUGCUUCACCAAGCCUGAGCCCAAGUGGUUAUCCAAUGCCCAGCCCAAUUGGUUCACCAAGCUACAACCCCAAUAGAUCUCCAAGUGCUAUUACUAGGCCACCUCCAAACCCUAGCCCAAACGUGAGGCCCAAUCCUCCAACUGUGAGGCCCAAUCCCCCAACAGUGAGGCCCAAUCCUCCCCCUUCGGUACCAAUAGUGGUGUCCAAUCCUCCUCCUUCCGUACCAACAGUGGUGUCCAAUCCUCCUCCUUCCCCAGGGGGUACCCCACCUAGACGUCGUAAAGCCGUGAUUACAAAGAGCCAGGCUUCACCUUCCAAUGGGUUACCUAUUUUGCAGGUUUUAAUGGCUGUGGCGGUCGUUGUCUACAUUGCUUAA